AGGGCAUAUUUUCCAUUUCUAUAGACGUUAGCCCUGAGUUAGCGCCCUCAGUAGAUAUGCUUGUCUAUAGCUUGCAUCCUGGAGGAGAAAUGGUCACUGACAGCACCCAGUUCCAAAUUGAGAAAUGCUUCAAACAUCAGGUCAACUUAAAUUUUUCUAAAGAAAAAAGUUUACCAGGAUCCAAUGUCAAUCUUCAAGUCUCGGCUGCUUCAAACUCUCUUUGUGCUCUUUGGGCUGUAGACCAGAGUGUACUGCUGCUAAGGAGUUAUGGUCAGCUGUCAGCACAAAGUGUGUAUAGUCAGCUAUAUUCCAGGGAACUACAUGGCUAUUAUUUCAGAGGACUUAACUUAGAAGAUGGCCUUAAAGUGCCAUGUCUUAAAGAUGAACAUAUCCUUUACAAUGGAAUUUAUUAUACACCUGCAUGGGCUGACUUUGGAAAAGAUGCCUAUGACCUUGUGAAGACAACAUUCAUAUUUGCCAGCCUUAUGGAAAUAAAUAUGUCCCCAAGACUGAAAACUAAGAGUGUGUCAAAAAUUCUGCAGAGCCUAUGCUCCUCAGGUGCAGCCAACCUUAGGCUUACUGUUCCGGAUACAAUUACACAAUGGAAGGCCAGUGGAUUCUGCAUGAAUGACAAAGCUGGAUUUGGCCUCUCCCCAACUGUCUCCAUGACAGCUUUUCAGCCCUUCUUUGUGGAUCUCACUCUGCCCUAUUCGGUGGUUCGAGGAGAAGCAUUCACUCUGAAGGCCAAUGUCUUCAACUAUCUGAAGAGCUGUAUUCAGGUUAAUACUGUACUGAAAGCAUCUAGUGUUUACCAAGCCAGACUUCUCUCAACUGAAUAUGAAAAUAUUUGUAUAUGUGGCAAUGAGAAAAAAUCCUUUACUUGGCUGGUUACCCCCCAAACACUGGGAUCCACAGUAUCUCAACCAGUAGUGCUAACUUUACCAGAUAAUCUUGUAAAAGAUUCACCUAGAGCUUAUUGGUCUGUCCUUGGAGACAUUCUCGGUUCUGCCAUGCAGAACCUACAGAAUCUUCUUCACCUGCCUUUUGGUUGUGGAGAGCAGAAUAUGGCCCUAUUCACUCCCAAUAUUUACAUCUUGGACUAUCUGAGUCAGACUCAACAACUGACCGAAGAGAUCAAAUCCAAGAUUAUUGGAUACCUGACCACAGGUUAUCAGAGGCAGCUGUCUUAUAAACACUUCGAUGGAUCAUAUAGUACCUUUGGACAUAAAGAUGAACAUGGACACACAUGGCUGACUGCAUUUGUUUACAAGUCAUUUGCACAGGCUAAACGUUACAUUUAUAUCGAUGACAAAGUUCAAUCCCAAACGCUUAUUUGGCUCUUAAAUAUUCAGAAACCAGAUGGCUGCUUCCUAAAUUUUGGCAAAGCCUUCAACAAUGCUUUGAAGGGAAAAGAAGAUAAUGAAAUCUCUCUAACUGCAUAUGUUAUCGGUGCUCUGCUUGAAGCUGACCACCCGGUCUCGUUUAUGGCUAUUCAAAAGGGUCUCCAGUGCUUAGAGACUGUAUCUAGGGAAAGAGCUAUGACUACUUAUGAGCAGGCCCUCCUAGCCUACACUUACAGUUUAGUAGGCUAUGAAGACAAAAGGGAAUUCUUCUUCAAUGAGCUGAACAAAAAAGCAAAAAGAGUAGGUGGCUCCGUGUACUGGGAACUGGAAGAGAGGUUUUCUAUGGAAGGAUUGUCAUCUUUGUACUACCCUCAGGCUUCCUCCGCAGAUAUAGAGAUGACCUGUUAUGGGCUAUUGGCUCUUCUUUUCAAGCCACAGCUGACUUCAGAAGAACUGUCCUAUGCAUCUCAGAUUGUACACUGGGUGGCAAAGCAGCAAAAUUCCCAUGGAGGUUUCUUCUCCACAAAGGAUACCAUUGUGGCCCUCCAAGCCCUGACGCUAUUCCAGAGGCUCACUUUCUCUAAGAAUAGACAAAAUUCAGUGCAAAUUUUCUCUGACCAAGGAUUCAAUACAGCCUUCCAAGUGAAUGAUAAGAACCGUUUGUUGCUACAACAAAUUCCAUUGCCAACAACUAAGGGAAAGUAUAUGGUGGAAGUGAAUGGCAAUGGCUGUGUUUAUGUGCAGUCAACUCUGAGAUAUAACAUCCUGCUCCCUAAGAAGUCAUCUGGAUUUUCCCUUUCUGUGAAUACAGCCAAUGCUUUCUGCAGAGGAUUAUUUGAUGCAAAAUUUGACCUUGUUGUUUCAGCCAGUUAUUAUGGAAAGCGCAACUCUUCCAACAUGGCAAUCAUUGAUGUGAAGAUGCUUUCAGGAUUUGUACCAGAUAGAUCAUCAGUUAAGAAGCUUCAGGAAGAUGGCAAAGUACAACGAGUAGAAAUCAAGACCACUCAUGUCUUUUUCUAUCUGGAGAAUGUUACUCAAAAAGAAAUUCAAUUCUCAUUCUCCAUCAAACAAGAUGCACUCGUAUCCAACAUCAAGCCAGCAUCUGUUCAGCUCUAUGAUUAUUAUGAAACUGGCCACCGGCUCUCUGAGGAGCCUUUCCUGAGAAGGCAGGCCUGGGUCCACAGCCGUGGCCUCUAUUGCCUGGGAAGCCACAGUGCAAUCCACAUUAGUAAAGAUGGCCUCCAAGGGGAUGGCCACGUGGUGGAGGCCUGCGGCAGGGUCGCCGGCGUCUCCAGGGGCAGAUCUUCUGGCUUCCUCUUUCCAUUCCCUGUGCAGAGUUAG